AUGGAGGUGAAGAAGAGAGCGGCAGCCAUUGCCGCCCUGUGCAUCAUGCUCCUCCUCGUGCUGCCGUCUGGGCAGCGGCAGCAGGUGGCCGCCAUGUCCGACUUCUGCAAGUGCUUCAAUGACUGCUACCCUGGGUGCAGGAGCCCCGGCGUGCCGCGCUGGCUCUGCAUCCCGCUCUGCGCCAACAAGUGCAGCCCCAACACCAACCAGGCCGGCGACAGUGUCGGCUCUGCCGCCGCCACGUGCAGGAUGGCCUGCAAGAUACACAUCUGCGACUCGUCAGAGGCGCCAGCCGAUGCAGCUGACGCCGACGUCUGCGUGCAGAACUGCAACAAGAUGAAGAUAUGGAGCCACAAGGCCCAUAAUUAG